AAAUAAAUAAAGGUUAUUGGUCAAACCUAAUAAGAUUAUCUCUGUUUGUAAAACCCCUCAUCUCCCCUCCGCUCGAAGGUGGAGACGCCAAGAUAUUCCCUCUUCCAUUCAGCCGGCGGCGACACCGACGAAUUGACGGAAAAGAACUUUAAUUUGAAUUCAGUAUUUCUCUUCAUUUGUUGAUCGAAUUAAAAAUGGAUCCACAACCGAUCAUUCACAAGGACGAUGCAGAUGAGGAUGAUGAGAACGUGAAGCAGCUCCAGCAAUGCUCUUCUCUAUAUAUAUUAUUACAGGAUUGUCUUGUUAAUUCUAAUAGGAAUUGGAAGGUUUGCCAGAAAGAAGUUCAAGAUCUCAAAGCUUGCAAUGAGAGAAGACAAAAUAUCAAAACUCGCACAAAUGGUGGAAGUUAGGAGUAUAAAUGCAAAUGGGCAACAGAUAAUUUGCAUAAAGCCCUAACCUUUAAUCCAGGAAAAGCUACAACAAACUUCCAUUCAUCUGUUUAUUAUUAGCAACUUACUUUGAUUUAUUUCCAAAAUAAACAUUUCAGAUUUCAGUGAUAUAGAAUGUGUAUUUCUUUUCAUUUGCACUAAACAUUUUUCAAAAACCCUCUUAACUAUUACUGAUUUUUCAGCCAAAUGUCAUUUAUAUGCUUUCGUGUCGUAUCUA